AAGAACGCUACUAGCUAGCAAAGCUAGUAGUUUGCAGCGUUCACAUUGAGCUGUGGAGACCCGAUCAUGUUUCUUCGGACUCUCAGAUCGUGCAUGCUGCCCUUCCCCCGGGCUUGUUCUCGACCGUACCACGCUGACCAAGUGGCUCGUCUUGGCUCUCAACCUGACAAACAGUCGGCGGAAUAUCAGGAGAACUAUGAACGGAUGCAAGUUCUUGUUGAUCAACUGAAAAGCAGAGCUGAGAGCAUUAAACUGGGUGGAGGUGAAAAAGCCAGAACUCUACACACUUCUCGUGGAAAACUUCUACCCAGAGAACGGAUCGACCGACUGCUGGAUCCUGGCUCUCCCUUCCUGGAGUUGUCCCAGUUUGCGGGGUACGAGUUGUAUGGCAAAGAGCAAGUUCCAGCCGGUGGGAUCAUCACGGGGAUUGGACGUGUGUCAGGAGUUGAAUGUAUCAUCGUAGCCAAUGAUGCCACUGUGAAAGGGGGAACUUACUAUCCCAUCACUGUGAAGAAACAUCUCCGGGCACAAGAGAUCGCCCAGCAGAACCACUUGCCAUGUAUCUAUUUAGUGGAUUCCGGAGGAGCAAACCUACCCAGACAGGCUGAGGUGUUCCCAGACAGAGAUCAUUUUGGACGCAUUUUCUUCAACCAGGCUCGACUGUCAUCCCAAGGAAUUGCACAGAUCGCAGUGGUGAUGGGAUCCUGCACAGCUGGAGGAGCAUACGUUCCUGCAAUGGCUGAUGAAAGUAUCAUUGUGAGGAAGCAAGGGACCAUUUUCCUUGGUGGACCUCCACUGGUGAAAGCAGCAACAGGUGAGGAGGUUUCAGCCGAAGACCUUGGUGGUGCUGAUCUCCACUGCAGGAAAUCCGGCGUGACGGACCACUACGCUCUAGAUGAUGAUCAUGCGCUUCAUUUAGCUCGCAAAGCAGUGAGGAAUCUGAACUACAGGAAACAUAUAGAUGUGACAACAGAAAGCCCGGAGCCACCUCUAUACCCUGCAGAUGAGAUUUAUGGCAUCGUUGGAGAUAAUCUGAAGCGCAACUUUGAUGUCAGAGAGGUCAUUGCAAGAAUUGUUGAUGGAAGUAAAUUUGACGAGUUCAAGGCUUUUUAUGGAGACACACUAGUUACAGGUUUUUCAAGAAUAUUCGGCUACCCCGUAGGAAUAAUUGGCAACAACGGAGUCUUGUUUUCAGAAUCUGCAAAAAAGGGGACACAUUUCAUUGAGUUGUGCUGCCAGCGAAACAUUCCACUACUGUUCCUUCAAAACAUUACAGGUUUCAUGGUGGGACGGGAGUAUGAAGCCGGUGGGAUUGCAAAGGACGGGGCGAAGAUGGUAACGGCAGUGGCCUGUGCCAGUGUUCCCAAAGUCACGGUCCUCAUCGGGGGAUCUUACGGAGCAGGAAACUACGGCAUGUGUGGCCGAGCUUAUAGCCCUCGUUUCCUCUACAUGUGGCCAAACUCCCGGAUAUCAGUAAUGGGCGGCGAACAGGCGGCCACAGUCUUGGCAACCAUCACUAAAGAUCAAAGAGCACGUGAGGGAAAGGAGUUUACAGCUGAGCAGGAGGCCGCCAUGAAAGAACCAAUCGUCCGGCGCUUUGAAGAGGAAGGCAGCCCGUACUUCUCCAGCGCCAGACUCUGGGAUGAUGGGAUCAUUGACCCUGCUGAUACUCGCCUUGUGGUCGGUCUGAGUCUCAGCGCCGCAUUGAAUGCACCAACGCAGAAGACACAGUUCGGAGUUUUCAGGAUGUGAUGGGCAGCGAUUGUUGAUUUGUUUCACUUCUCAGAUUGUGUUGGUAGUAAAAGUGAAUUAUGAACCGGUAGCUUUGUCACAGACCUCAACAAAACUUCUGGAUGAAUCAUACUAUGUUAGUGCCGAUCUAGUGUGAGAAGAUGGCCAUGACUUUUGCCUUAAAUCCCUUGCUGUUUUGUAUGUUCAUCAAAUAUUGUAAAUGUCAAAAUAUAAAGGUAAUAAAGUAUUGUUAAGUUUGAUUCUGACCAAGUCAUAAGGGGGCGCUGUUUAACUUUGCUACAUUACACAUAAUGAGGCCUUCAGGGGCAACUAAGGAGAUUGGACCCACUAUCUACUGAAAGUUAACCAAUUUCUUUGACGCAAAGUAGCAGCAUUUUUACUUUGAGUGUAGUCCAGAAGACCGAACAUCUCACCCCAUCUGGAGGGAGCCACCUGUAUCUUGUUCUUUGAGUCUUGUAACAACCAGUUAGAGGAGGUAAUCAAGUUCAGACUUUCGGGUAAUGCUACCAUUAUGAUUAAAUAACUGCCAA